AUGUCUGACACAGGGCAAAUGAGUUCCAGGAAGCUAUCAACUUCAGGAGAGUCUUUAUUUCACGUACUGAGAGUCCCCAAGGGAGCACCUGAGGAAGACCUAAGAAAAUCAUACAGAAGGUUGGCUUUGCAAUUCCAUCCGGAUAAAAAUCCAGAUAAUCCUUCGGCAGCUGAAACUUUCAAGGAGAUUAAUCGUGCUUAUCGUAUUUUAACUGAUCCUGUGAAACGGAGUAUUUAUGAAAAAUAUGGAAGCGUAGGCUUGUCUAUUGCGGAACAAUUCGGUGAAGAAAAUGUGAACACCUACUUUGUGCUUACAAACAAAUGGUGUAAAGCACUUUUCAUCUUCCUCUUCUUGAUCACCGGUUGUUUCUUCUGUUGUUGCUGCUUUUGUUGUUUCAACUUUUGCUGUGGUUUAUACAAACCGAAACCACCGCCCGAUGAAGAUGUUGAAGCAAAAAUGCAACUUAAUGAAGAAGAUCUUGACGAUGUGACACCAAUGCAACAGGCAGCUCCACCGUAUAACCCAUCAUCAUCUGGUUUCGACAGUAAUUUUGUUACUGGUCCCACAUCGAUUGGCGGCGGUGUCGGUAGUGGAUUUCCUUAUCCAACACCUGUGACUGUGGCUCAACAACAACCAAUUAGUGGGCGUGUAUACUGA